AUGCAUAACGCAAUUAAAGAAAACAAUCAACUGAGUGAAGCUAAUAGUUCCAGUGAUCAGGAAGAUUUGACCUGUAGGAUUUAUUACGUAGAAAAUCAUAAUAUUCGAGAAAGGAUCUUUCAGUUAAGUGAGAUUACUGAUGAUGUUCUUCAUCCAUUGUUGACAGAAAUUAACGGCUGUAUAUUAAUAAUGGUUAUUGGUGGCAAUAAUGGCGUGCAUGAAGACCUACUGAGUUCCUAUAACGAAUGGCUAUCUAUAAUGGGUAAUCCAGUAGAGGCUACAGAUAGAUUCGAAAGUGUUUCGUUUUGUGGCUUCACAUUCACUGAUAUAUCAGAUAUAAAGAAAUUCACUUAUCACGAAGUCAAAAAUUUUACUGUAAUAGUUGGUCAUACUCCAGAUAUCAGCUUUCAUCUAAACGAAAUACUACUAUUAGAAUCACCUGAAGGUAGUGCGAUACAAGUGAAUUCUUUAAGGUUACUUUAUCUGAAAUAUUAUUCUAUUGUUCUGAUUAAAUGCCUAAUGCAGUUAAGUUAUCCAAUAGAAGAUAUUUGUGAGUCUAAAGAAUUGGAAAAGUAUGAGGAUGGAAUUGAGAAAAUAACACGUAUUCUACAAGAUACCUGGGUAAUUGAUUUUAUUCUCAACUGUUUCUACAUGAAAAGCGAUAAUAACUAUGCGAUGCGUCAUUACGUUCAAGAACGUCAAAAAAAUGUCACAUAG